GUUGUGACGUAAGCAGAAAGCGGAAGAAAUUGUUUACCAAGCAAAACACGAUGCCGAAGAGUUGUGCGCUCCCCGAGUGCAAGAAGACCGAGGGCAAGGGGGUCGGUUACUACAAGUUCCCCUUGCAGGACAAAGUGCGCCUGAAGCAAUGGCUGCUGAACAUGAACACGGAGAACUUUAUCCCCACCAAAAACCAGUACCUGUGCAGCAAGCACUUCAAACCAUCCUGCUUCCAGUACCGCUGGGGAGUGCGCUUCCUAAAGCCAGAUGCCGUCCCGACCAUCUUCCCCGUCACCGGGGGUGUUAUGACCAAGAAAUGCCCAGCUGCGACCAGAGUGCUCCAUUUUGCACAAAACGUAAAGAAUGACGUAGGUGCCGCGUCUACCCCGGGCUUGGAAUUUAUCGGGACGCGACCCCAGACGCAGGCGCAGACAGAACCGAUGGCUAUAGCCAUCAACCCCGUCUUCCCGACCGGACAGAUCUUCAUCGGAGCCGAUUCUCUAGUUAAGGACGUCGCCAUGGCCAGCACCGUAACGGGAGCAGUGAAUCUGGUACCUUUAGUCCACUUUGUGGAAUCCUUUGACGGCUUGUCGCUGACGCUGACCCCUUCGCAGGCUCCGGGUCUGUCUUCCAUAGCGCUGCCUUUCGAGGUGACCGGCGAGAACGGAAUCCCGUUGUCACAGCCCAUCUCCUUCAUUACCGAGGAACAAAUUGCUUCCACGACGCUGCAGCACGACUUAUACGCCGGCAAAGUCAUCUCGCCGUGCCAGACAGAAGUCCCCACCAUCCUAAAUAUUUCUAACGACGGAACCCUGGUGAUCGAAGAUGUCUCCGCAGGAGCUUUCAGCCAGAGCGGCUUGCAGGUUGAAGCCCCGGCAGAGAUGUCGCCUGAGGAGCUGGCAAACUAUCUGGAGACCAUGCAGACGGCCACGGCUGUUCCCGUUUUGCCGACAGGACCGCUUCCACCCUUGAUGCCCUCCGAGACGGUGCUCUCCAACUCCAUCACGGGACCCAUAUCAUCCACGGUCCCUAUUGUGUCCAAACACGCCACGCUCCUGUCAGGGACCCCCGCGCCGCAGGAGGAGGAAGAAGAAGUUCUCGUAGACGGGGGGCUCACGGAAGCCCUAUCCACACCUGAACUCUUGUCCAUAGCCGUGGAAUUGCAGAAGAAAGUGAAGACCCUUCAGCAGAGACAUCGCAGGAACUCCUCCAAGCUGGAAGUCCUGGAAGGCGUCGUGGAACAGCUCAAGAAAGAAAACGUCAUCUCGGAUGAGAAACUGAAUUUUCUUGAAGUGGCUUCUGUCCAAUCCGGUUCUGAGUUACCGGAAACUCACGCCUUUACCAUCGUUUGCCGAGACGACGAACGGAAUGUGAUGUACGCUCUGCCGGCGGACAAUGACAGCCAGACCGCAGUGAAUUUAAUCACGCUGUAGUUUCAUUUUAUUUUUGUGGUAAAGAGGAACUGUGACCGGCCCAAACCUUACAUUAAUCCGCCGAGCGUAAAAGUGGUCUGCUUGUUGUAUUAACGCUGGUUUUUGGGAUGUCUCUCCUCGCCCCCCCCCCCCCCCCCCGAUCAGGUAUAUAAAGCAAACUAGAAAGGCUUGAGGUAUAAAGCAUCAUCCUGAUCGGAGGACAGUUACACGAUGUAUAUAUAAAACGCUCUAAACACAAGAGACACGAAACACGUUAACACAACAACG